AUGCCACGUCGUCCAGAAGAGCCGUCAAGGACAGGAUAUCUAGCACCUCAGCUACAACAUCUGACUACCAGCGUCUCGAAGAUAUGGACCACCAUAGCUCUAGGUGUCAAGUGGGUCACACUGUAUGGUUCCUUCAUGCUGUUGUAUCUCCUUCGCCCCGAACGGAAAGAGGACCGAAGCGACGCUGGGCAUGAUCGCGAUACUGGCUCAGCUGCAUCACAGCACUCUUGGAUCAUCACCACACUUUCGAGAAUGCCAUUCACCAAACCAUAUUCUUUCUGGGUGCCACUACUCAGCACGACGUUGAUAACGGUUUUCUCCUUCCACGUGCUCGACAGCCACUAUACGCCCUUCGACAACACGAAUGACUUCGCGACGGCGUGUCCCGAGAAUGACCGUAGAACACAGACAAGCGCUUUCGUCAGACUCUUCGCCGCCACUGUGACCACCAUGUGCAUCCAUGGCCAUCUUAGCUCCCUUACAGGCUCGGAUGCCUGGAGACGCGAAUUCUUUCGCAUGCUUGAAGUGCUCGUCAACCCCUUGGCCUCUCUUUUCGCCAUGGCAAGUGCUGUAUGGUACGAGAUUGCGGGCUCGUUACAGGCUACGCGGGACUCCUGGGAUGAAAAGUCAAGCAUCAGAUACAGGUUGGCUUGCAUGUGCUGGAUACGUAUCGACACUGGUCAAAGGACGGAUGCCAUGGGCCCCGCCCCAUGUCUCAUGUACAUCAAUCCAUGCCACAUCAGCAGCAAGCUACUGGAAAGAGACUUGAAAUGGUCGGGACGUGUCCUUUUCCUAGUCAUACUUUUUGCGCAGUAUGUCCAAGCGGCCGUCCUUCUUUCACGUCGCAUCAUCACCCAUGCAGAUGCUACCGUCGAUUGCGCAAUGAUGCUCAUGACCAUCUCGGGCCUCGCUGCGCUCACAAAAUCCUUGGUCGUAUCUCUCAUCAAUACGAAAUGGAUGCUCGCAUCCGAUUCUUUCUCGCCCUGCGCAGCACGCGCUUGCUCGCUCCAACCUUGCAGAAACCUCAAGACAGAAUCCAAUCUGCCUGACAAACCGGUCCAGAUAGUCUUAUUUGGCUGCAGUAUAUCCGCUCUUCCGCGAGCCGUGCUACACGCACUUGCUGGUGCGAGUUUGCAGAUGUUGCUUUUGACGCACAGGGCGUUCUCUCUGCGUUCAGUAUUGACCCUGACGAUAUGUAUAAAGGUGUUCCAUGACGUCUUUCUACUACUGGUAAUUUGUGCCGAUUCUUGUAGAGGACUGUACACGAAAAACGAAGAAGUCGAACCGCCACGAAACAAUGAGGCGGACGCUGCGCCGGCUGAUAAUACCCCUCCCAAAGAAGUAACUACGGAUGACAACUGUUCCACCUCCACACUUUUUAAGGCAGGCGUAUGGAUAUUCUUAUUCUUUCAUGGGCUAGGUGCUAUCGUACUGGGGCUCGGCAUAGCAGCGUUCCAGCUGGUCAUACUCUUUGGUCCUAGUGUACUAAUGUAUCUUGAGAUUGUGCGAGAAACGAGAAGAUGGGACGCUUGGGAUCCAUCAAAACCAUGUCUGGAGCUAUGGAAAGACAGCCUCGAAGAUGAACUAUGGUGGUUUUGA